UCAAAACAAGUUUUACAUACAUCAACUUUUAUAUAUUUGGAAUAUUACUUUCAUUUGUGAUGAUGAUUCUGGCUAGUUCAACGGUUAUUCCAUCCAACCAACGAUUUUCGUUUCGACCUGCCGGCCAAAUGCAUGACGGGUUCAACCCACCUCCUACUGACAGUUCCUGGUCUGUCCGAUCCGACCACAAAUACAGUGUUAGUAAUUAUCAGAGAAUAACAAACAUGUCUUCUGAAGAAGUGCAAGUUAUCCGUCCCCCCGCCAACUUUUCUCCCAGCAUUUGGGAAGAUCAGUUUGUUUUCUACCACCAGCGAGGAGAAGAAGCCGAGAUGGAACGCAUAAUUGGAGACUUGAAAGAAAAAGUGCGGAAAGAUUUGAUAGUAGCUUUGGAUGCUCCUGUCGAACAUUCGAAUCUCUUAAAGACUAUUGAUGCAAUUCAACGUCUUAACCUAACCUACUCCUUUGAGGAAGAAAUUACCCAAGUGUUGCAAUAUAUAUAUGAUAGAUAUGGUGAUAAAUGGAAUGGUUGUAACCCUGCUCUUUGGUUUCGACUCAUGCGUCAGCAAGGUUUUAAUGUUUCAUGUGAUAUUUUUGAUGACUAUAUGGAUGAAAAUGGAGGUUUCAAGGAAUCCUUAGUAAAGGAUGUUCAAGGCAUGCUUGAGUUGUAUGAGGCGGCGUUUAUGAGGCUGGAAGGGGAAAUUGUACUAGACGAUGCUCUCGCAUUUACAAGAUCACAUCUCGAAAUUAUAGCAAAGGAUGCUCUUUUUAGCAACCCUACUAUUUCUAUCCAAAUUAAGGAAGCACUAAAACUACCACUACAAAAGAAGUUACCAAUACUUGAGGCCUUGUUCUACAUUCCUUUUUAUGAACAACAAGAAUCUCAUGACAAGAAUUUACUUAAACUUGCCAAAUAUGGGUUCAACUUGAUUCAGUCAUUACACAAAAAGGAGCUUAGCCAACUUUCCAUGUGGUGGAAAGGUUUUGAUGUCCCAAAAAAUCUACCUUAUGCACGAGAUAGAUUGGUUGAAACCUUCUUCUGGGCAGUUGCUGUGUGCUAUGAUCCAAAAUUUUCACAAGCUCGAAUUUUCUUAACAAAAGUAAUUGUACUAAUAACUUUUGUAGAUGAUACUUAUGACGCUUAUGGUACUUACGAAGAACUCAAGAUCUUUACCGAGGCAUUUGAAAGGUGGUCAAUUACAUGUUUAGAUAUUCUUCCGGGCUACAUGAAACUGAUAUACAAAGGGCUAAUGGACGCGUACAAAGAAAUGGAAGAAUCCAUCGAAAAUGAGGGGAAAGAAGAUCUUAUUAACUGUGCCAAAGAGUUUACUAAAGAUUUUAUUAGAGGUCUCAUGUUGGAAGCAAAAUGUGUAAAUGAGGGGUACAUGCCAACAGUAGAAGAGCAUGCAGCAAUUGGAUUCAAGACGGGCGGUGGUGACUGGCUUAUAGCGUCCUGUUUUCUUGGCAUGGGAGACGCACUCUCAAAGGAGGCAAUCAAAUGGGGUGUUACUAAACAACCUAUUUUUGAUUGUGUAUCUAUAAUUGCCAGAAUCCAGAACGAUAUCGCUGGCCAUAAGAAGGAGCAACAACGAAAUCAUUUUCCAUCGAGUGUUGAAUGUUACAUGAGGCAAUAUGAUGUGACGGAGGAGUAUGCGUGCGAAAUGUUGCACAAGAAAGUAGAAGAUGUGUGGAAAGAAUUAAACCGAGAGUCACUCAUGUAUAAAGAUAUUCCUAGGCCUGUUUUAAUGGUGGCUGUGAACUUUGCACGGCUAGUGGAAACUCUAUAUAGAAAUGACAAGGAUAACUUCACACAUGCGGAAGGACUCAAAGAUCAAAUCAAGUCCUUGUUUAUUGAUGCUAUGAGUAUAUGAAUAUCAGGUCUUCAAUUCUCUUCAUGUUGUGCGCGCAUCGUUUGGCACACUCAAAGUUAAAGUUACUUGUCGUCUUCUUUAAAUAAAAUCUUUGAUUAUAUAU